AUGCCAGCCCAGUCAAAGCACCCAUUGAAAACCUUCAACAUCCAACAUCCCGUGCCUUCUUGUGAGCCAACCACCCACCGUUUGAGACCCUCCUUGAAUUCACUCGCCGCUGGACGAGGGGAAAUCGAAUCAAAUCAAAUCAAAUCAAAUCGAAUCGAAUUCAGUCUGAUCCUUCAUUAUUCUUCACCGGCUCUACGGUCCAACGUGGCUCAGGGAAGGGGGGGGAGUGCGCCCGCCAACAAUAACAUCGAACAGCAAAAGUAG